AUGAUCAGAUGUUGAAAAAAAUUAAAAACAUAAACUUUGGACGUUGAAGUCCAAAUAACACGGUACAAGUAACACGAACAACAGAAUGGAACAAUACACAUGGAGGGUCAGAAUGUAGAGCUUAAAUCUAUUAAAGCUUCUGGGAGGUGUUUUCCUGAAUGGUGGAAUUGGGAGAUUAAUUGAUCGCUUUUAGUUGCAAAAGUCUAUAAAAGUCAGGCAAGACUACAUAAAAUCACAGCGAUUGAAACUCGCAAAAAGGACAGGAAGCAUCAGACAGAAGUGUAAAACUGGUUUAAGUAAAAAUGAAUGAGUGUAUAUGCCGUCAUUUCUACUCCCCUACAUACAACAGAGAGAUCUUGACGAGAACAGAUCACAUGAACCUCUUAGCAACUCCUAAAGGAUAUAGAUGGUACGGACCGGGUGGAGAGAUACAAAUAAAAUCACGAGCAUUUCGAGGAAGGAGUAUAAGAAAAAAAGAAAAAGAAAAAGAAGAACCAGAGAUUGAAGCUUUUCCUGGGAUGGCACAAUUUAUGAACGAAGUGUGGACCCUCAUAACGCCGGACAUCCUUCUUUCCUUGAGAGAGAUAUUGAUGGAUGAGUUCGGUAUGAGUGAACGCUCGGCGGUACUAUUCCUGAUGAAGCAAUAUAUCAAGACUCAGCGUGAAGCUGAUAGAGAAUGCUAUCCUUGUUCUUCUCCCACUGAGGAGCAGCUCGAAUGGGCUAGGAAUAUCGCCAGGACCAUAGCUUCCAAAGCGAUCUCGUACACGGAGAUGAUGACGACAACCAAUAGGAACAAGCGGACGGCAAUGAUUUUCGACGCCGUCAUGGAGCGGCUCCAGAAAGCCCUCGGGAUCCAGCCCAACUCCGACAGCCCGCUCAACAAACUGCUCCUCAGGGUGGUCGACGGCAUGGCGGUGUGGCUAUCUUCCAUCCCGGGGGAGAACAACUUCCAGAACAUCUGUUCCGAUCUCAUGACCGUCUACUUCAAUGUUCCUCUCCAGUGAGUAAGGCACUCCGAGUCUCAAUUCUGACCUCGAGUCGAGGUAUCUGUCGAAAUGUUUUUAUUUAUAAUUCUCUGAAAUAAAAUACAUAUGUCGCCUUGA